UCAGCUAAGAGCCUGUCCAGACGGAGCGUUUUGCGCGCGUAAGCUUACGCGCGUAGACACUCGCGCGUUCCCGAGGCACUAGAGCUACAAGCACUCCGUCCAGAUGCUCUCGCGCGUUUCAAAACUCGCGCGUAAAACGCGUGUCAUGCGCCCGACUCUCGACUCGCUCGUUUUACGCGCGAGCGCCGCGCGAGUCGAGAUACUCUGGCGGCAUUGGAGCGUUCAGUAGUAUGCGCGUGUCCAUAGAGAGUGGACGUAUUUAGAUUUGAAAUGGAGCGCGAUAACUUCGACACCGAACUUUUAAUUGAAGAAGUUGAAAAGAGAAUAGCCAUAUGGGAUAUGGAAUCUGCUGAUUACGCAAAUAGACUCAUUAAACGUAGGAAUUGGGAAGAAAUAGUCGAAAUUUUUUGCGAAGCUGGUGAUUCCGACGAAAAGAAAAAAACGUUGGGAAUGUUAUUGCAAAAGAAGUGGAAAGGAUUGCGUGAUGGCUUUGUCAGAGAAAUGAAAAGGAUAAAAACCACACCGUCUGGAUCAAAAGCCAGCAAAAAUAAAUAUAUAUAUUUUGAACGUUUGAUGUUCCUCGAACGAUCGACACGCAAUAAAACUACUGAUAGCAACAUCGUUUCCUCGCCUGCUGCACCUGAAGAACAAGACAUUUCUGGCGACGGGGAAGAUGUUAUGAGACCUCCAGUUAGCCAGCCGAAAAAGAAAAAAAAAAUGAACGCAGCCGAUGAGGAAUUUCUUGCCAUUAUAAGCAAAAAUUUAGCACCUAGAAAUCAGCCACAAACAUCGGAGUCUGAUGAUGAUAAACUAUUUUGUUUGUCACUGCAUAAGGAGCUUAUUAAAGUACCUGAAGAAAUGAGGCUUCAAGCUAAAAUUGAUUUAAUGAAUGUGCUCCAAAAAGCUCAACGAGCCCCAUGUCAUUCACCUUCACAUUAUAUUCCUUCACCUGCACCUUCACCACAAUAUAAUCACCAAGCAGGAAUGACACACCGCGGACAAAGAGGAUUUUUUAACGAUACAGGAUAUAACGAAACAGACCCUUCAGCAUCUUCGUUUUCACGUUAUUGCACUGGACAACGCAAUUCCCAAUCUAACCCAUCACCGGCGUCUAACUACAAUAACCCAUCACCGGCGUCUAACUACAAUAACCCAUCACCGGCGUCUAACUACAAUAACCCAUCACCGGCGUCUAACUACAAUAACCCAUCACCGGCGUCUACUCAAGAUUCCCAAGAGAGUGAAUUGAUGGAGCUAUACCGAGAUUGUUAAAUUGAUUAAGGGAAAAAAGUAUAAAAAUAAUAAAUAUUAUUACCUCAAA